CGGGGUAGGGAGCUUCAAUCAGAAAGCAACCUUGCAUACAUAUUCAGAUUAUUAAUUCCAUAAGAUAAAGUCUAUGAUCUCUAUAUAAACCACCGUAGUCUUUCUCAUCAAUGCAUAACAAAUUAACAUUUCUCUCUAUAACACAAUCUCACCAAACCGUCUCUUCCAAAACUCAUUAAACUUUUGCUGAUAAGAAAUGGCUUUCACUAGCCAAAAACAGUACACGAUAGCUCUAUUCCUCCUCCUUGCACUUGGGAUUCCCCAAAUGAUGUCUCGCAAACUUCAUGAGACAUCUAUGCGAGAAAGACACGAACAAUGGAUGGCGGAAUAUGGCAAAGUCUACAAGGAUGCUGCAGAGAAGGAAAAACGUUUCCUGAUAUUCAAGCACAAUGUGGAGUUCAUUGAAUCAUUCAAUGCUGCUGCCAACAAACCUUACAAGCUUGGCGUUAAUCACCUUGCUGACCUUACAGUUGAGGAAUUCAAGGCUUCCCGUAAUGGAUUGAAGAGGCCUUAUGAGUUAAGCACAACACCAUUUAAGUAUGAAAAUGUGACUGCAAUUCCUGCAGCCAUAGAUUGGAGGACAAAAGGAGCUGUUACUUCAAUCAAAGACCAGGGUCAAUGUGGGAGCUGCUGGGCAUUUUCAACUGUGGCUGCAACUGAGGGUAUCCACCAAAUAACUACAGGAAAACUAGUUUCCCUCUCAGAACAAGAGCUAGUGGAUUGUGACACAAAAGGUGUAGACCAAGGGUGUGAAGGGGGUUACAUGGAAGAUGGGUUUGAAUUCAUUAUCAAAAACGGUGGAAUCACCAGUGAGGCUAACUACCCCUAUAAGGCAGUUGAUGGAAAAUGUAACAAAGCAACCUCACCAGUGGCUCAAAUUAAGGGGUAUGAGAAGGUUCCUCCUAAUAGCGAGAAGACACUUCAAAAAGCCGUGGCUAACCAACCAGUGUCAGUUUCUAUUGAUGCAAAUGGUGAAGGUUUCAUGUUUUACUCUAGUGGAAUUUACAACGGAGAAUGUGGGACUGAGCUAGACCAUGGUGUUACUGCAGUGGGUUAUGGCAUAGCUAAUGGAACUGACUAUUGGCUAGUGAAGAAUUCAUGGGGCACACAAUGGGGUGAGAAAGGAUACGUAAGGAUGCAACGAGGUGUAGCUGCCAAGCAUGGUUUAUGUGGAAUUGCCUUGGAUUCAUCGUAUCCAACUGCUUAAAUAGUUCAAUUAUGUAAAACGUGUUUCAUGCUUGCCUUUUAUUUUGCACUUAUGGCUAUAUUUAAAUGUAAACUCCUCGUUCAAGCACUUUAGAGUUAUAUA